AGUGCCAAGACAAUGAUACCACCUGGGGAAUGCCUAUAUGCUGGGAGAAAAAGGAGGAAACCCAUUCAGAAACAAAGGCCUACAGUUGGGAAUGAAAAAUCUAAUCCUUCAAAGAGACAUAGGGACCGUCUGAAUGCUGAAUUAGAUCAUCUAGCCAGCCUCCUGCCUUUCCCACCUGACAUAAUAUCUAAAUUGGACAAACUUUCUGUCUUGCGCCUCAGCGUCAGCUAUCUCCGAGUCAAAAGUUUCUUUCAAGCUAUUCAAGAAAACCACUUCAAGAAGCAUCGUGAUCAAAUAAGCAAAGACAACAUAUCCAGCAAACCUAGUAUACAAGAAGGUAGACUUCUGCUAGAAUCACUGAAUGGUUUUGCACUGGUGGUGAGUGCAGAUGGAAUGAUAUUUUAUGCAUCAUCGACUAUUGUGGAUUAUCUCGGCUUUCAUCAGACUGAUGUAAUGCACCAAAACAUAUAUGAUUACAUCCAUGUGGAUGAUCGCCAAGAUUUCCGUAGACAACUGCAUUGGGCCAUGAAUCCUCCACAGGUGGAGUCUGGGCAACAUUUACCAACUGAAACAGGAGAAGAUCAUAUGCUCAAUAAAUUGUUUAAAGCACAAGAAUGUGACGGUGUGACAACAGACUAUUCUUCCUUUUUAACUCGCUGUUUCAUCUGUCGAGUUCGCUGCCUGUUGGACAGUACUUCUGGCUUUCUUACAAUGCAGUUUCAAGGCAAACUUAAGUUUCUUUUUGGACAAAAAAAGAAGUCCCCUUCAGGAGCAAUAUUACCACCUAAGCUGUCCUUAUUCUGCAUAGUGGUGCCACUUCUGCUUCCUUCUGUCAUGGAGAUGAAGAUGAAAAGUCUGCUCAUGAAAACAAAACAGAAAGCUGAAGAGGCAUCCACAAUAGACACAAACUCAAAAGCUAGUUCAGGUCUGUGUGAAACAGAGUCAAAUGGAAGAAUCAGUUACCAUGAAGGUCCAGCUUUCACUAAUGUGUUGCAAAGUGCUGAAAACCAGACCAAAGCAAAGAAUAAUGGAGAAAGUGGUAUUGCCCUUGUCAAAGUACAAACAAAUGAAGAUCAGUGGGUCUGGGUACAAACCAGUACUCAAGUUCUCUACAGAAGUGGCUGUUCAGAAUAUGUCAUUGGUUCACAACAAACACUAAAAGAAGAAGAUGAGCACCUGAACAUCACCUGUUUGAAAGGAAACCAGGAAGCUCUUACCUAUAAUUGUGCCAUUGAAGCUUUGGGACAGAUGAAGCAUAUCAAUUGGACAACAGUAAAAAAUGAACAGGAUAACAUAAAAGUGAAGUUUGAGCCUAGUACAAAUGACAAGGGUUUUCUGCAAGAGGACCCUCUGAAUGCUAAUAUGUCACUUUCAGGUGUCCAAAACAACUAUAACACAAACAGCGUUUGGACUUUAAGGAAUUCAUCAAGUUCUUGUUCCAUAAAUCAGUGCAAUUCGUGUCCAAACAGAAUAGUCAGACCAUUCUAUAGCAGAGACCAAAGCUUUUUAAAUUUAGCAACAACCUGUCCUUCCCACUGGGGUAGCACAGAAAAUUGCCAGCCUUAUUCAGGCUUACAGCAGCUAAAAACAGAGAACUGCAAUACAGAGCAUAUGAAAUUGCAGCGGCCAUUAAUAUCCCCAGAAACUCUGUUUGAUACAACAUUUUCUCCAGAGAUAUCUAUUAAGACUGAAUAUGAUUCUGAUUCUGAAAGUGUAGCUGGCAACCACACAGCAUCACAAAAUCGAGUCUGGAUGGAUGAGAAAGGCACAGCGAGAAAACAGCUGAUUAGUUACCCUAACAAGGUGCACCUUAAAACAGAACUAGAUCUCAGUGAGCAGCUUUCUCUUUGUCAAAAACCAAAGCACUAUGUUGGCACAUCGCAUAGUUGGCAAUGCAUUGUAACAAAUCAUACCAACAAUCUCAACAUAAACAGGCCUUGUAAAGGGUUUUGUAACAAAGAGGUGAUGUCAUUUUGCCUCCCGAACUCUGCAUGUUUGGAAAGCAUGCACGACAUGCCAUAUACAGGAUGCUACACACAGUUCUAUAGCCCUAGUACAAGAGAAGAAGAAGGACAGAACAACCAGAUUUUUAAAAUGCAGUGUCAUCUUAAAAAUCCCUGCUUGGUUCAAACUAUCAAGCGUGAGCCCUUGGAUUCUCCAUCCUUGUCUGAUAAUGGCCAGGAUGAAGUACAGGUGAUCCUCCCUGAAAACACUUUACUAGGUCCUGUGUCUCAUAAACCAACAGAAUGUACAUUCUUACAGUAGAUUGUAUAGUACAUGGAAUUUUUACAACACAAAAAGCAAGAAGAAGUUCUAGUUUCUCUUCCUAUUGGAUUAUGCGAGUCACUAAAAUUAAAACCAAAAGGAAAAGCUUUAAAAUUAGUAUAAUCUUUUUAGGGACUUUUGGAAAUGAAAUGAAGUAAAACUAGACAUUGCAAAGUAAUUAUCAGCCCUAAUGCCAGUGUUUCUGUCAAUCUGUCUUACAUUUUCUCUCAUUUCUAUAUCUCUGCAAUUGUUUAUAAGUUCUACCUUUUUCUUUGUUUAGGUCACUAUGUAUCUUGAAUCUCAAAAUGGGACAGGCUCCCCUCCCUCCUACUCUCCAGCAAGCUGUAUCCAAGCUCUGGUUUUAACAGAGUAAGUGUGUGAGCUGGGGAGAUGUGGGGGAAAAGAGGUUGCAGAGUGGAAUGCAGUAGUGAGCUGGGUGGCAAUGAGGAUUGUGAGACACCUGUCCUGAGCAUCAUAGAAGGUUUUUUAAAUAAGGGGUGUCAAACUCACCUGGCCUAUGGGCCAGGUAGGUGGCACAAAACUGGUGCACAGGCUGAAUGAAUGGCAUGGAGCCAAUGCCAUGGGCUGGAUUGGGCCCAAAGAUCCCCCUCUGCCCUGAUGCAGUGCCUGCUCUGGCCAGUCCAGGAUAUA